CAGAGGUUUUCAUUCCCCAAACGCCAGCCAGGAUGCAAGGCGGCGCCGUCGAGGGGAGGAGCAGGGCUCCGCCGUACAAGGCCGACGAGAGCGCCAUCAUCGGGGCGGCGUACAGCCAGCGAGUGGAGCUUGCCGUGAGGAUCGACAAGAAAGUGCUCCACUGCCCCCUCUGCACCCUCCCCUUCAAGCCCCCCGUCUUCCAGUGCAAAGCGGGGCACCUGGCCUGCGGCUGUUGCGUGGCCCUCCUGCCCUUCGGGCAGUGCAAGGCGUGCGUGGACAACGGCGGCUUCUUCGACCCCUGCCCCGCGCUUGACGCCGUGGUGUCCUCGACCAGGAUCGAGUGCCCCAAUGCGGGCUGCCAGAGGUACGUGACCUACCACGAGGUCGCCGAGCACAACACCGCAUGCCCGCCCGCGCCCUGCCACUGCACCGAGCCGGGUUGCUCUACGUCGGCGCACCGCAGGCGCUCGCCGGCCACCUCCACACCGUCCACUCGGUGCCGGUGCGUGUCGUGCAGUACCGCAAGAUCAGCCAACUCCAGCUGUCUGUGUUGACCCCGCGGGUGGUGCUUCUCGGCGACGACAACCAUAUUUUCCUCUUGACCGUGGGUGCGCUCGGCGCUGGCAUGACCGCCGUGUCUGUGGUGUGCGCCAGAGCGAGGGCGGCGACGCGGCCCCGGUUCACGUGCAAGAUGUGGGUCAAUCUGGAGCCGUCCCAGGCGGCGGCGGCGAACUGCAGCAAGGAGGACAUGUUGCUGGUGGACAUGCACAUAAGGAGCAGCUCAUCGCCCGGCAUGCUGGCUGCCGCGGACGAGCCGACGUUCCUGCCGGUGCCGCGGAUGUACCUGGUUCCAGCAGUGACAGGAGACGGGGCUGCGUCCAUGGAAGUUCGCCUGCACAUCCGCAUCGACAAGGUCUCCCCUUGGUCCGAUGCAUUGGCUUGAUUAGGUCCCACCGCUGCUGUGUUGAUGGAAACAAACGAUGCAUUCAAGGCAGUUCGUUCUUACUUAUUUUGGAGUUGCAGCUGAAACUAUUUGGGUGAUGUUAAUUAGUAGAUGCCGUUCACCUUUAAUGUCAUUGUAGGGUACUGUAUUUAAAUUGAAGGAUAUUAUGCUUGGUGCUCAUCCUUUUGUGAAAUGC